GUAAUCCCAAUGCAUAAUCACCUCCAUCAUAAUAUUAUUGUUACCAUUAUCUUCCUGAUGCAUAUCCUGACGCAAUAGGAGGAUUUAGACAUUUAGAUAAAGAUCCCUUUGAAGUUUAAUAAGUUUUUGCAUAUGAAAAUUGGGAAUAUCAAUAUGAUGGUUAAUGGUGGCAUAUUGGAUCUUUUUCAUGGAAUAUGCUUUGGUUUUUAAGUCCAUUUUUACUUUGCUGUCUUAUAUAUUUUGAAAAUCUUGAAAAUGAAAAAAGAAAUUCAACCUAAACUAUUUUUUAUCAUAAUUAAUUAGGAUUAUCGUUAUAUAGAAGUAUAGAUUUUUAUGAUGGUUAUUUUGAUGAUGUAAAAGUCGAAGACUUCAAAAAUAAAAAUGAAAAGAACUAAUAACAAAAAUUAUGAUCAAUAAUAAAAAAAAAUUGAGCAUUUUCUUA